ACGUGAGGAGACUCCAGAGUCAAUGAUGGCAGAUUAACUCACAAAUAUCUCAAUAGCUUGCUACAUUUCUCUAUAAAGAACCGUCUCCAAGAAGCAAGCAUUUUCAUGGAUUCCUCAGCUCUCAUUUCAUGAAACUUCAUUGCCUUAUUAAGUUAUUGAUUCUCAAGAUGAGUGUAAACCGGCGAAACUGGCUCAAACACGGAUAUAAUCUCAGAUUGGUGUUGUUAGUUCUUUGGUUGGUCUGUUAUGUUGGUUAUGGUCAGUUUGAGGACACAAAUGACUUCAACAAUCCAGCUUUUACACAGAUGGUUUACCAUAGUCUCUUCAAUAUCACUGCUGCUCUAAAUCAAGAGCUCGCUACUAAAGCAAAGUUUUGCGUCAAAGACCUGACUGCUGAUUGGGACAAAGCUUUUAAUUUCUCCGCCAACUUGGAUUUCCUGCGUUCUUGCUUUAACAAAACCGAAGGUGAUUUUAUUAGCCGUAUCUGCACAGCAGCAGAGAUGAAGUUCUAUUCAGAUGAGUUCCUCUUGAAAACGGAUAACCCGGGGUACUUGAAACCGAAACCGAAUCGGAAUUGCAACUUGACAUCAUGGGUCCCUGGUUGUGAGCCUGGCUGGGCCUGCAUCCCGGAUCAUCUAACCGAACAAGAUGACCUUCCAGAAAGAACAAGUAACUGUAUGCCUUGCUGCGAGGGCUUCUUCUGCCCCAACGGACUCACUUGUAUGAUACCUUGCCCUCGUGGUUCUUAUUGCCCCUUAGCUACCCUUAAUGAGACAACAGGCUUAUGCGACCCGUAUGCUUAUCAACUACCACCAGAACAACUAAACCACACUUGUGGAGGUGCAAAUGUAUGGGCCGAUCACAGUAGAAGCGACGAAUUAUUCUGUUCCGCGGGAUAUUAUUGUCCAACGACCACUCUAAAAUUACCUUGUGGUAGUGGGCACUACUGUCGUAUGGGUUCUACAUCUAAGAAACCUUGCUUUAAGUUGACUUCUUGCAAUUCCAACUCCGCAAAUCUGCAUGCAUUUGGGAUUAUGGUUAUUUGUGGUGUGGUCACUAUUCUACUCAUUAUAUACAACUGUUCUGAUCAAAUCCUAACAACGAGGGAGAGGAGGCAGGCGAAGUCAAGGGAAGCAGCUGUGAAGAAAGCUAAAGCCAACCAGAGAUGGAAAGUUGCUAGAACUGCUGCUAAGAAGCAUGUAACUGAGAUAAGUGAGCAAAUAAGUCAGACGCUCUCGGGUAAAAGAACCAAAAACGAUGGAGAAACUCACAAGAUGUUGGAUCGUGUGGACUCGUCUUCAAGUCCUGCGAGUUCCUCCUCAGCUGUGCAACCUAGCUUUGAGAUAGAGGAUGAUGCAGCUGGCGGAAGUAACAAAAGACCAAGUGGAAAGAGAGGUAAAGGUCCCAGAAUCAAGAAUUCACAGAGCCAAAUCUUAAAGUAUGCGUAUAAUCAGAUCGAGAAGGAGAAAGCCAUGGAGCUAGAGAAUAGCUACCUUACCUUUUCAGGAAUAGUUAACAUGGCUACUUACUCUGAGAUGAAGAGGAGGACCCUCUUGGAGCUUUCUUUCCAAGAUUUAACUCUUACCUUGAAAUCCAAUGGUAAGCAUCUGUUGAGAUGUGUGACAGGAACCAUGAAACCAGGUCGGAUCACAGCUGUGAUGGGUCCAUCAGGAGCAGGAAAGACGAGUCUACUCUCUGCAUUGGCUGGUAAAGCCGUUGGAUGCAAUCUGAGUGGUUUGUUGCUUAUAAACGGGAAGCAAUUAUCAAUCCACUCAUUUAAGAAGAUUAUUGGUUUUGUGCCACAAGAUGACAUUGUCCAUGGAAACUUGACAGUUGAGGAAAACAUCUGGUUCCAUGCUAGAUGCAGAUUACCUGCAGGACAAUCAAAAGCCGAAAAAGUGCUUGUGGUCGAGAGAGUCAUCGACUCUUUGGGGCUACAAGGUGUGAGAAGCUCACUAGUUGGUACGGUAGAGAAACGUGGAAUCUCAGGAGGGCAGAGGAAACGAGUGAACGUUGGUUUGGAGAUGGCAAUGGAGCCUUCUAUUUUGUUCUUGGAUGAACCUACUUCUGGCUUGGACAGUGCCUCAUCACAGCUUCUUCUUAAAGCACUUAAGCAUGAGGCCCUUGAGGGAGUCAAUAUCUGCAUGGUUGUUCACCAACCGAGUUAUACUUUGUUCAAAACGUUCAAUGAUCUAGUACUUCUAGCGAAAGGUGGCCUUACUGUUUACCACGGACCAGUAGAGAACGUCGAGGAAUACUUCUCUGGUCUUGGAAUCAUUGUACCAGAACGUAUCAACCCUCCUGACUACUACAUAGACGUCCUGGAAGGGAUUGUAGCCAACCUGAACUCUGAUGUUAGCAUCAAAGAGCUUCCUCAGAGGUGGAUGCUUCACGAAGGUUUCUCGGUUCCAUUAGAUAUGCGGAAAAACAACAACAACAGUGCAGAACCGACAUUUGUCAGAGAGCUGUUGGGAGAUGUAACGAGUAAUUUCAAGUUGCGUGGUGAUAAAAUAAGACACAACUUCUUAAAGACCAGAGAUUUAUCCUACAGAAGAACCCCUUCUAUGUGGCUGCAAUACAAAUAUUUCCUUGGAAGGAUAGCUAAGCAGAGAAUGAGAGAAGCUAAGUUACAAGCCACAGACUACUUGAUCUUAUUGCUAGCUGGAGCUUGUUUAGGAUCACUGAUCAAACAAAGUGAUGAGAACUUUGGAACACCUGGUUAUACCUACACUAUUAUAGCCGUUUCUCUUCUGUGCAAAAUAGCAGCUCUAAGAUCAUUCUCACUAGACAAGGUACAUUACUGGAGAGAAAGUGCGGCUGGGAUGAGUAGCUUAGCUAGUUUCCUUGCCAAAGAUACAAUAGACUGUUUCAAUACACUUGUCAAGCCAUUGGUUUAUCUCUCCAUGUUCUACUUCUUCACUAACCCGAGAUCGACAUUUUUGGAUCACUAUAUCGUCUUGGUAUGCCUGGUGUAUUGUGUGACUGGUAUAGCUUAUGCGUUGGCUAUCUUCCUUCAGCCUGGCUCUGCUCAGCUGUUUUCUGUACUUCUUCCAGUAGUUUUAACACUUGUUGCAACUCAAUCGAACGAUAGUAAAGCUAUGAAGACCAUAGCUGAUUUAUGUUAUCCAAAGUGGGCUUUGCAAGCAUUUGUUAUUAGAAAUGUGGAAAAGUACUCUGGAGUAUGGAUGAUCACUCGGUGUGGAGCACUUAUGAAGGGUGGCUACGACAUUAAUGAGUGGAACCUGUGUAUAAUGAUAUUGCUUCUCAUUGGUGUGGCUACUCGUAUGAUCGCCUUUGUUGGGAUGGUUAUACUGCAAAAGAGGUGAAGACAAAAGGUCUUUCCAUCACGGUUUUAGUACUCGCUGGACUCUCAAGCUUGGAGGUAAGGAGGAGCGAAGACUUUCAUGGUUCUGCGUUUGGUUUAUAUUCGACCAAGAAGACUGUAUGUAGGUUUCUUUGUGUUGUAUCCUUUGUUCAUUGUCGUAUUAAAAUAGCAAACUUUGUUCAGGUCUUUUGUGAUUUUAAUGUUGGUUUUUUAUACAAAAGUUAAGCGUGCUGGCAGGUUUAAAUAGAUGAUUUAUAAGCUCUUUUAUAAAUCAUGGCUUGUUUUCAUGAAUUUUAUGCUCAAGAGAGAUACUCUGUCUCCAUCUCCAAAAGUUGGAUAUUUUUCUUUC